UAAUGACCGAAGCUAAUUGCAUGACCAUUGAUUUCUAAUUGAUCUGCACAUAUCGAUAAUGUUGCUUGCGUUUGUUAUUCUAUUAUGUAAUAUUAAUUUUAUAUAUCCCAAAAACGUGAAACCUACUAACCACACGAGACCGUCGUCUAAAUACGACAAUCCUAAUUUCAUUAGAGACAGAUAUUAUGAUGAAAUAUGGAAACCGAUGGUUAGCGACAGCUGGAAGAACCGUUUCCGCCAACCAUUUCAUCCAGCGUGGAUGGAUUACUGCGAUCCUUAUCAUUGUAACGAUUACCACAAAAUAGCCUGCGGUUUGAACCGGAUGACAAUGAGGUUCAAGUGGUUUCAGAGCCAAUGCCACAUCAUUCUGAAUAAUAUGUGUUCAAACUACAGGGGAUCUCUGCAAUACGACGUCGUAGAUACGAAAUACUGUUCGUAUUACGUAAUGUUCCUACGGACAGGUUGUCCGAAUGUCUGUCCUGAUGUAUUGGAGCCAGUUUGUUGUAUGAGCACCGUCGAUAGCCAUGUGGUAUUGUUUAAGAACAGUUGCGAAAUGGAAAAGGCUAAUUGUAAAGGCGGAAUGUUGGAAGAAUACGAAUCAAUUGACCUGCGAGUAUGCCGAGAUUUAUUGAAAAAAUAAAUCUUCUGUUUGGAUAAACAUACCAAUGACAUAUUACUUCCUGUGAAAUCCAAUAAACUAUGUUUUAUUAUCUGUUA